AUGACCGACGAAGCGAAAGACGUGUAUUACUGGGCCUUCACGAAGUACUCCCCGAAAGAAUAUGCGGGCAUCUUUGGCGAUUCAGCGGAGGAGCGGAAUUCCCUGAAAAAAGCCAUACAUGACCUCUGCGCAUCAGAGGACAGAAGCCACCAUGGUGUAUCGGUAGAGGAACUCGAUAAAAAUAUUGGUGACGUUUUUAAAGAAUACCCGGAGGAUGAUGACAAAAAAAAACUAUACGGUGGAGCGAUGGACAAAGAUGGCCACUUCUUGUUUUCUGUCCACAGGGCAAGAAACCGCGGUCAAGGCGUGGCGGAGGCACUCAGACAGCCAGAUCCGCCAAAUAUAUAUCAGUGCAGAAUUAUAUACGCCGAAGAGAUUGCGGACGAGAAUCUUUUUAUCCCUGCUUCACAGACUGAGCUACGCGAUAUGAUAGCUUCUUAUGUCACGCCAAGCAGCAAUCAGUUUGGGAUUGGGGGAAAGUGGGCCACAUAUACAUCCCAAGAAGAGGCUAUAACCUAUGCUAAGCAGAAAACCUCUAAGCAGAGGAAGAAAUUGGAUGGCAAAGAAAGGGUUUUGGACUGCUGCGUCGAGCCUUGGGUCAGUGUCGUGACGCAAAGAAACCACACGACAUAUGAAGACUACCUGACACAUAUUAUUGUUGUCACAGAGUGGAAACGCGACAAGACUUCUGGUAGAUGGAUUCAGUCGGAGAUAACGACAGCGAACGCCAUGUCCAAGUUCCACGAGGAUACCGUAUUCUGGGUCACCAUCGAUCCUCCAUACCACGGCCUUCCUGAAAAGUUUCUUGGCAUCUACGGUAAUUCGACCGAGGAGCAAAAGCUGUUGCGAGAAGAUUUAUGGGGGUGGUGUCAGAUGUUAGCAAGAGACUACAACAUUAGUUACAUGACGGAAGAACGUCUCGACGCCUCGUUGUUAGAGUGGCAAAAGACCGGAAAAUACCUAUACGAUAUCAUGGACACGGAAGAUAUGAGGUUUGGUCAAAUCGAGGCUGAGAAGAGGCCUAACGAGCCCGUCGCAAAGGCCCUCAGCGAACGGCCUGUGCGAAGUUUAUAUUGUUACGAGAAGUCUGCCAUGCCUCGUCAAAGCUACCAGGAACUCAGAAACAAUGGCGUUGAGUAUCCAGAGAAAUUUGAUACGCCGGACCGAGUUUUGCUUAAGCAUCCUUCACAUAUAUGUGAAGAGAAGGUCCAAGAAGCGGUGAUAUACCGAAAUCAUCCGAGUCUCGUUUCUGUGGCUGUACAGAAAUCCUUUACGGACCGUACUAGAGCUAUUGAGUACGCGGGACUUCAACUGAACCACGACCGCGGCAAGGGCUGGGACUAUGGUCAGGGACCAGUUGGGGACAAAAAUGAAAAUUGGGCUGGUGUCGUUCGUCUCGAGUGCCCUGUUAAAGGCGAUGAACACCAGAAGUGUCAUGUGUUAACACAGUUAUAUCUGGUUUCGGAACGACGCUAA